CACCGUAAUAAAUACACUCCUGUAUCUCAAAAGAACAAUUUUCGAAGUUCUAUAACGCCUUCAAAAAGUGGAGCUUGGGAAGGUGUCAAGGAAACCGGAGAGGCUGUCGGUGAAACCGCAUCCAACGCUGCAUCGGCCGCCUAUGAGGGAGCGAAAAGCGCUGAAAGAAUUGCUGAAGAAAAUGCAGCUGCCGCCGCCAAGAAAGUCAAGGAAACAGCUUCUGACGCUCGGAAUGCAGUCGGUCAAACCUUGAAACAGGCUGGUGAAGCUGUCGAGGAUGACGACCAUCCGAAGUUGCAGUAG